AUGCUUCGCUUCACGAAGCGGCUCGGCGAACACGUUGCAAUGUCCGCUGGCGUUGGCUUCCCGGUGUAUAAGGAGACGCGCAAUUUCUUCUGGCGCCAGCGAGUUCGUAACUUCCGCCGCCGCGGACCUCUCGGGAAGCUCGCAACGCUGGUUGGCUACGGAGCCGCCAGUGCUGGCGUGUACGUGGCCAUCUGCUUGGUGGUGCGCACUGUUCACCAGCCCACUGUCGACGCGCUCUUCGCACCCGGCAGGGACUACACCCUGGAGGAUUGGAAGGACGUCGAGCCGACGCUGCAGCCCGGCGACAUCAUUCUCAUGCGCGGAAGCGGGCCUGUGAGCUGGUGCAUCACGACGCUGCAGUUCAUCUUAUCCUUCUUGAAACCUGCGGCGCUCCGUUACUCUCAUGUGGCGGUGGUGGUGGCACCUGCAGUGAUCGAGUACGUUAGCGACGACAAGGGCGAGACCAGCGUGUCCACCACGACCCGGCAUACCGAGGCGGGGGGAGCGGUCUUGUCCUCGAAGGCGUCAGCUUUAUCCGAUCCUGCCUACCGGGUAUGCAGCCUCAGCGAGGUUUUCGAGCGAGGCGCUGAGCCGGCUGCACCGGGACAUGGCCGCCAGGUGCCCACGGCUCCGGCUCGCUCGGUUCGCGAGCAGCUUCGUGCGGAGGAGGCGAUGCUGCACAGCCGCCCGGUAAUUCGCCGCGGCGCCGUCAUCCUCGAGGCGAUGGACAACAAGGAGUACGACGUGGUGGACGUAAAGGGGAACGUGACGUACGACACGGUGCAGCUCGUCGAGGCAUCGCGGCGGCUGCUGUCGAUGACACCGUCUGGCGUACCGGCCUACCACUACUUCGCCGUUCGCCGGCUGCACAACUACGACCACACACCGGAGCGAGAGAGGCGGCUGGCGCGCUUCUGCGAGGAGAGCGAAGGGCGACGCAUGGACUCAAGCUUGCUGUACCCGCUGGCCUUUCUAUGGCCGCGACUCCAUACCCGGAUGCAUCCACUACGGCAGCUCAUCACGGGCGAGGUCUCCUGCAGUGAGUUGAUUGUGGAACUGUACCAGGAGCUCGGGGUGGUGGAGCGGCGGUGGCGUUGGGUACCACUGGAUCCCGACACCACUGCCCUCACGCCGACCCCCUCGAAUGGGGCUCCUCGGCAAGGGAGAGCGAGGAGCGGCGAGCAAAGCGGGAGGGGCGUGGCGGUGCCACCUCCGCCGCCGACUCUGGCGGACGUGACGGACGAUCGCCGCAGUCGGAGUUUACAUGUGUACGAUUACGUCUACGGUCGACUCGACGCACGUGCCAAGCGGCCUGUCAUCACACGCGAUCGCCCGCUGUUGCCCGACACGUCCGUUGUGGAGAGCAGCGAGGUGAUCGCCGCUGCUGACGUACGGCUUCGCUCUGGCAGGGCUCGACUUCAGCUGUCGUGGGAACACACGGACCGUAUGGCAGGUGUCACCAGGGAUUACGACCGCGCUGUCACUGGCGACACCGAGGAGCCCGCCUGCCGGCAGAUGAAGCGGCAUGCGAGGGCGACGUACCACGUUGACGCGGCGGUGCCGCCGAUUGUACUGCGGGCCGGUGACACGUUCAGGGGCGUGGAUGAUCGCGUGUACCAGCUGCAGUGGUACUAUGAGCACAGCAGCGUUGCAACGUGCCCCUACCAUUUUGCAGAGGGCGCUGGGGAGUCGAUGCUCCACUUCGCUGCUGAUCUAAACCUUGGCCGCGAGUCGCACAUGCGCAUUGUCCGCGAGGAGGACGCGCUGUCGCGUGCAGUGGAAGAGAAUUAG